AUGACGGCCUCAAAAGUACCUAUAGUUUACCACCCAGGUUAUAAUAUCGUAUUCUGGAAUUUUGAAAAGAUUCACCCAUUUGAUACUCAAAAAUUUAAAAGGAUUCAUCGAAUUUUAUUAACAUCCGGCUUACUUAACGUCAAUUCAUUUUACGAGCCGUCUCCUCCUACUUCAGUUGAUAUAGCUAAUUUACAUUCGUCACAAUAUCUUGAAUCAUUAAAUAGUAAUGUUCAAAUACAAAAAAUUUUGGAAGUCCCUUUUUUGGCCGUUUUGCCUCAAGUUUUAGUGAAGAAAAAAGUAUUGGAACCGAUGUUGUUGCAAACUGGUGGGAGUGUUCUUGCCGCCGAAUUGGCAUUAGAAUAUGGUUGGGGAAUUAAUUUGGGGGGAGGAUUUCAUCAUGCACAUUAUGAUGGCGGUGGUGGUUUUUGUGUUUACGCAGAUAUUACCUUGGUGGUCGAGAAAAUAUUAUCAAAAUAUCCGGAUCAAGUUUCGCGCGUGAUGAUCGUGGAUCUAGAUGCUCAUCAGGGAAAUGGAUAUGAACGCGAUUUAGCCCAUAAUAGAACAGAUUGUUUAAGUGGAGACCCUCUUGGGGCAAUGGAUCUAUCAGCUGAAGCUAUACUGAAAAGAGAUGAACUUGUAUUUCAAAUGGCUCUAGAUCAUGGAGUUCCUAUUGUCAUGUUAUUAAGUGGAGGUUAUCAAAAGAAAAACGCAGAAAUUAUUGCCGAGAGUAUCCUAAGUUUAAUUCAUAAGUUUGGUCUUUUGGAGGGACGUAGAAAGUCUGUUAUGACUACUCAUUAG